GGGAGUAGAGUAUAAAAUAGAAACGGCACAAUCGUAUCACCAGUCAGUUUUAAGUCGAUGACAAUAUCAAAGCUCAGUAAAAAUCUAAAAUGAGAGCCAUCGUCGUUGUAUUGAGUUUGUUGGCGCUGUCUUGCAGUUUCUUCAGUUCUACAACAGCUAUUCCGAAGCAUCAUCAAAAGCGAUCUAUAGCACAAGAAUUGUGCCCAAAAAAUACAACAUAUGAGGAAUGCGUAGCUUAUGCCAAAGCACAGUCAAAUACCUUAACUUAUUGUCAUAGAUUUAUUGGCGGUUACGGUUCAAUAGAAUGGCAAUCGUGUGGAACUAUUAAAUGCGGAGAAAAUUCAAAAUUGAUAGCACAAGAUCUAAGUAAGCCGUAUCCCGAAUGUUGUGAGACUUGUGAAAUAUUGGAUCCCUCUAAACCAUUAGAAUAUACACGCUCGAUUUAAAUUAUAAGUAUCUUGAUCGAUGCAAAAAUGGCAUAUAAUUUUGGCAGUAUAAAAUAUUUUGAAAAAUUAUGUAUAUUUUGCUUACGUGCUUAAUUCAUAUAAUUUCCAUCAACAUAAUAAACUUAAAAAUUUAUCAUUA